CUGCAGGGUAGUUCUAGUGAAGAGAGCAUAAUCCUUGGAAGCUGGUUGUAUCUUAUAUCGAAAUGUGAUGCUUCAUUCCUGAGUAUGUGCAGUAACUCAGGUUCAACAGCAAAAUGCUGGUGGUUGCCUGGUAGAUGAGUGAGAGCUCACGUUCACCUCUUUCCAGGUAAAAGGAGGCCUAGAAGUGGGUGAUGCCACUCUUGGAGGGUGUGCUUCCCAGGAUAUAUGAUCCUAAAUAACUACUGUCAUUCUGGGUUGCAUGGUAAGGAAGAUUGUGUGAUAGGAAAGAGGAUUUUAAUGCAAGAUGAUGAAGAUCACGUUUUACAUAAGUUUGCUACUGGCUAGACUUCAUGCUGUUGCUCAUGGUCAGCUCCCAGACAGCCACCACAAUGGAUAUGAUCCAAAUGAACCUAAACAUCAUAUGUAUCAUGCAGGUGAAGCAAUUGCUUGCCUCAAACUAGUGCCAAACAAUGCUGACUUUGCAUUUCAAUUUUUUAAAGAGGUUGCACUGGAGGCACCUAAUAAGAACAUUUUCUUCUCUCCUGUAAGCAUCUCCACUGCAUUUGCAAUGCUGGCCCUGGGGGCUAGAUCAACCACCAAGAUUCAGAUCCUGGAAGGACUCACCUUCAACCUUACAGAGAUUCAGGAGAAAGAAAUACAUGAAGGUUUCCACAACCUCAUCCACAUGCUGAACCAUCCUGAGGGUGGGGUCCAGCUCAACCUGGGAAAUGCCAUCUUUCUAACAGAGAACUUGAAACUUCUAAAAAAAUUUUUAGAUGAUGCCAAAGAUCUCUAUCAGCUGGAGACUUUUACCACUGACUUUAACAAUCCCACAGAGGCUAAGAAGAAUAUCAAUGCUUAUAUAGAGAGGAAAACAUAUGGGAAAAUUUCUAAUUUGGUCAAGGACAUAGAUCCACAGGCUGUAAUGCUUCUGGCUAGCUUUGUUUUCUUCAAAGGUGACUGGGAAAGACCUUUUAAUCCAGAGUAUACCAAAUCAAGGGAGUUCUUUGUGGAUGCUGAAACUACUGUGGAAGUCCCUAUGAUGCACCAAAUGGGCAGAUUCGACUUCUAUUUUGAUGAGGAGAGGUCAUGCACUGUGGUACGGCUUCAUUAUAACGGGAGUGCUACUGCAUUUCUGGUUCUGCCUACAGAAGGGAAAAUGAAUCAGUUAGAGCAGACUCUGGUCAAGGAAACCGUCCAGGAAUGGUCAGAACAUCUAUUUCAGAGCAUGCUGUCCCUCUACUUUCCCAAAUUUUCUAUUUCUGGGAGCUAUGAAAUAAAGAACACCCUUAGAAAGAUGGGAAUUGUGGACGUGUUCACUGACCAGGCAGAUCUCUCUGGCAUCAGCAACAGUCAAGAGCUGAAGGUUUCUAAAGUUGUUCAUAAGGCUGCUCUGGAUAUUGAUGAGAGAGGUACUGAAGCAGCAGCAGCAACUGCUGCUGAAAUAAUACCAAUGUCUCUUCCUCCAACCAUUGAAUUCAACCGUCCCUUCCUCGUGCUGAUUUUUGAUAGAGAUACAAACAGCACGCUCUUCAUAGGAAAAAUAGUUAACCCAACUAUCACUAGCUAAAGUGGCAUAUGAAUUCUGUUUGCUAUUACUGAUUAAACAAGAUGUGAAACUGAA